AUGAAUAUGGCAGCACUCGAGUCAGGAAGAGGUGUACGGUUACUAAAUCCGGAAGAGGAUCACACGUUUUCGUUAGAUGAAGAUUCGAUGAACCAGAUCUUUGGCCGAGAUGAUGUUAAAGACAGAUACGUUGUUGUUUUAUCAGUGGCUGGAGCUUUCCGCAAGGGAAAAUCUUUCAUUUUGAACUUUUUCUUAAGAUAUCUAAAUCACAAGUACAACUUAAAAGACAACGGUGAUUGGCUCGGCGAUGAGAAGGUACCGCUUAAAGGAUUCAGUUGGCGAGGUGGUUCUGAACGCCACACGACUGGUUUAGUUUUAUGGUCGCAGCCCUUCUUAACUACAAUUAAUGGAGAUAAGGUAGCAAUAUUUCUGAUGGACACCCAAGGCACCUUCGACAGCUCGUCCACAGUGAAAGACAACGCAACAGUUUUCGCUCUAUCGACUAUGCUGUCUUCUGUACAGAUAUACAAUGUCUCACAGAACAUCGAAGAAGAUGAUCUGCAGCACUUACAGCUGUUUACCGACUAUGGUCGGCUAGCCUUGGAAAACACAAGUGGUAAACCAUUUCAGAAGUUGGAACUGCUUGUCCGUGACUGGAACUAUGCCUACGAGUAUCCAUACGGGGCUGGUGGAGGAGCACAACUCUUAGAGAAGAGGCUGCAGCUGCAAAAUAAUCAGCACGAAGAACUACAGUCAUUGAGGCGACAUAUCAAGGAGUGUUUCGAAGAAAUAGGAUGCUUUCUUAUGCCUCAUCCAGGUCUCAUUGUCGCCACUGAUCCUCAGUUUACGGGAACAUUGGCUGAUAUCAGUUCCGAAUUUAAAACAUCACUGCGAGAACUGGUGCCCAUGUUAUUGGCUCCAGAUAACUUGAUAUGUAAGAAGAUUGCGGGUCAAUUGCUCAAGGCAAAAGAUAUGGUGCACUACUUCAAGGCUUAUAUGACUGUGUUCAAUGGCUCCGACUUACCUGAACCGAAGACUAUACUGGCGGCUACAGCAGAAGCUAACAAUUUAUCUGCCCUGUCAGAAUCUCGAGACGUGUAUGAAUACCUGAUGGAAGAAGUGGUGGGAGGUAGCAAGCCCUACUUGGACCAAAACAGUUUGGAGCAGCAACAUGAGCGCGCAAAAAACAAGGCGCUUCACGCUUUCCAGGCGAAGAGGAAAAUGGGUGGUACAGACCUGGAAUCCACCUAUCAGGACAGACUAGUUAAGGAAAUCGACGAGCAAUAUGUCCAAUAUCGCGCCAACAACGAUGCGAAGAAGCUGUUGAAUUUCACGGGCACGCCUAUGAUCUUAGGCUCGUUGGUUUUGCUUGGUUUACUCCUAAGCUUUGUCGGUGAUAACCUGGGAAUACGAAUUCUUGUAGUGAUCGGGCAAAUUAUUGCUGUUGGAGCUAUAUUGACUCUUGGCGUAUGGAUUUACUCUAGGAUAACUGGCGAGAUGCGAGAAAUUGGGGUGACAAUAGAUCGAAUAAUGGAUGAAGUCAGAAAUGUUGUCAUGAUGAAAGCUGUCAGUUCUGCGACUCAGGAAUUGACCACACCAUUAGCUGACAAAAAGGAUUCAUAA